GUUGAAAGUCGUGUUGUCGAUACGUGUCGUUUCGCGUCGCGUUUAUUAAUUGUGCAAUACUUUCAUCGUCUUCCUUCUAAUGUUCACAUCCACGCUGCUUGUUAACUACGUUUAUUUUGCAUUGGUGGAUGAUUGCAAAUGUAAUGUGUUAGAAGGCCGCCGUGAGAUUCAAAGAUUAGUGAUGAAGCUGACAUCCUUUCAUGAAGAUUUCUUCCAAACUUCAUUCCUCCUUCGCGAUAACUUCUCCUCGAUGACAACGUUCUUCAGAUCUAAUCGUGAGUGGCGAUUAGCCUCGUUUCUGCGGAAGAAGGCCGAAGCGGUUGUUGAACGGGAUCGACAGAUAAGGGAUACUUAUUUUAACCUGGAGAGCAGCUUCCCACACUUUCGACGUUUCUACGCCUGCGACGUUGGUUGACCACGAGUCGCGGGCCACCCUGUACAAGCGAGAGGGACACCGAGGAUUAGUCACAACGGAACGAAGUUAACAAGUUCCGGUUAAUAAUGGAGCACGAACGAGUACGGUAGCGAUCCGCAGUGUACACAGACCGGCGGACCCGGGCGCCCGUUUCGUCUUCAAGAAAUUGAGAAUCUCUCUCGGGUCGCCGGAGCAAAAAUGGAGGAAAGCGGAUCCGAAUGAAAGGGCUGAUAAGUCUGUGUGCCACCAUUUAUUGUCCUCUGUACCGUCCCACCGAGAUGCGCGUUAAUAAAUUUAUUAUCGGCGCUCAGUUUCAAAAAUUCCGCGCGGACGAAAAAUUUUACCUUCGUCGUUCGACGUUAUUGAAACUGUCUAGUAAAGUAACGAGCUACCAAAUUCCUUUUGUUCAUUAACACACGUUUGCGGACAAGUCAAUCCAGCUGGCGAGAAGCAUACAUAAACGCAUACUUUCUUCUCCAUACUCCAACAGACAGUUGAUCUUAACCGCAUGCGCUGGCAACUGAUUGCGGACCAUAACGAACGACCAAACCGUAUACAAGAUUAAUCGGUGUCACAGCGGUGUGAAUUAUCGACGCUGGUAGUCACGUUGUUUGAAUUGCAAUCGAAUAGAUCAUUCUACGAUUGAAAGUACGUGAUUGUAGAAGGUGGUCCUCAAAAUAUUAUAGGAUUUUUAGUUUGAAUACGAAAUAAAAACGAAAUAAGCUGUGUGCACCAAAAUUCUUUGUCAAAGACAUAAUCUGUGCAUCAUAACAGAUCACACAGAUCAAUCUCAUUAGUCGACUCACGUUUUUGCAAUUGAAUAGAUCAUUCUGUGAUUGAAAGUACGUGAUUGUAGAAGGAGGUCCCCAAAAUAUUACAGGAUUUUUAGUUUGAAUACGAAAGAAAAACGAAAUAAGUUGUGUGCACCAUAUUGUUAACAAAAUUCUUUGUCAAAGACAUAAUCUGUGCAUCAUAACAGAUCACACAGAAAAAAUUCAUUAGUCGACUCGCGUUUUUGAAUUGCGAAUAGAUCAUUCUACGAUUGAAAGUGCGUAAUUGUAAAAGGAGGUUCCUGAAAUAUUAACUUGCGCUGGCAACUGAUUGCGGACCGUAACGAGCGACCGAGCCGCAUACA